AUGGGAGUAGCUAAGAGGAGGAACACAGUCUUAGUACCUUGCAAAGGAAGCCUGUCAAGCAGUGUUCAGUCUGCUUGUCGGUUUGAGUCCUACAUUUUGAUUCCAGUGGAAGACCAUUUUCAGACCUUAGAUGGAAAGGAUGUCUGUAUACAAGGAAACAGGAUUAAAUUAGGAACUGGUUCCGCCUGUCUUCUCUCAGUGCCCAUUCUCUUUGAAGAAACCUUCUACAAUGAAAAAGAAGAAAGUUUCAGUAUACUGUGUAUCGCCCAUCCUUUGGAAAAGAGAGAGAGUUCAGAAGAGCCUUCAACACCCCCAGAUCCUUUUUCUCUGAGAACCAUUGAAGAUGUGAGAGACUUUUUGGGAAGACAUUCGGAGAGAUUUGACAGGAACAUUGCCUCUUUCCAGCGAGCAUUCAGAGAGUGUGAAAGAAAAAGCCUCCGUCACCACAUAGAUUCGGUGAACACUCUCUACACCAAGUGUCUCCAGCAGCUUCUGAGGGACUCUCACCUGAAAAUACUUGCCAAGCAGGAGGCCCAAAUGAACCUGAUGAAGCAGGCAGUAGAGAUGUACGUCCAUCAUGAUAUUUAUGAUCUGAUCUUUAAAUAUGUGGGGACUGUGGAAGCAAGUGAGGAUGCUGCUUUUAACAAAAUCACAAGAAGCCUUCAAGAUCUUCAACAGAAAGAUAUUGGUGUGAAACCUGAGUUCAGCUUCAACAUACCUCGUGCAAAGAGGGAACUGGCCCAGCUGAACAAAUGCACCUCCCCACAACAGAAGUUGGUUUGUUUGCGAAAGGCAGUGCAGUUAAUUACACAGUCUCCUAGCCAGAGAGUUAACUUGGAGACCAUGUGUGCUGAUGAUCUGCUGUCAGUCCUGUUAUAUUUGCUUGUGAAAACAGAGAUCCCCAACUGGAUGGCGAAUUUGAGCUAUAUCAAAAACUUCAGGUUUAGCAGCUCUGCAAAAGAUGAAUUGGGGUACUGCCUGACCUCAAUAGAGGCUGCAAUUGAAUAUAUUCGGCAAGGAUGCCUCUCUGUUAAAGCACCUGAAUCUGAGGGGUUUGGUGACAGAAUGUUCCUUAAGCAAAGAAUGAACUUGCUGUCUCAGAUGACUUCAACUCCCAUCGACUGCUUGUUUAAGCAUAUUGCAUCAGGAAACCAGAAAGAAGUAGAAAGACUUCUAAGCCAAGAGGACCAUGAUAAAGAUGCUGUCCAAAAGAUGUGUCACCCUCUGUGCUUCUGUGAUGACUGUGAGAAACUCAUCUCUGGGAGGCUGAACGAUCCUUCAGUUGUCACUCCAUUCUCCAGAAAUGACAAGGGUCAUACACCACUCCACCUGGCUGCUCUCUGUGGACAGGCAUCCCUCAUUGACCUCCUGGUUUCCAGAGGUGCCAUGGUGAAUGCCACAGACUAUCAUGGGUCAACCCCGCUGCACCUCGCAUGUCAGAAGGGCUAUCAGAGCGUGACGCUGCUGCUGUUGCACUACAAAGCCAGUGCUGAAGUGCAGGACAAUAACGGCAACACUGCCCUCCACCUGGCCUGCAUUUAUGGACACGAAGACUGUGUGAAGGCUUUGGUCUACUAUGAUGUGCACUCGUGCAGACUGGAUAUUGGUAAUGAGAAAGGAGAUACUCCCUUACACAUCGCUGCACGUUGGGGUUACCAGGGCAUCAUAGAGACGUUGCUACAAAAUGGAGCAUCCACAGAGAUCCCGAACAGGCUGAAAGAAACGCCACUCACAUGUGCAUUGAACUCAAAGAUUCUGUCUAUAAUGGAAGCCAGUCGUCAUCGUCUGACGUUUGAAAGAAAGCAGAAGUCUUCUGAGGUCCCUGUUCAGUCCCCUCAGCGUUCUGUGGAUUCUAUCAGCCAGGGGUCCUCUACCUCCAGCUUUUCCUCCGUGUCGGUGAGCUCUAGGCAAGAGGAGGCUAAGAGGGACUACAGAGAGGUAGAAAAACUUUUAAGAGCUGUUGCUGAUGGAGAUGUAGAAAUGGUGCGUUACCUUCUGGAGUGGACAGAGGAGGAGCUGGAGGAAGUGGAGGAGGAUGCUGGUGCGGUAGAUCUUGAAUUUUGUCACCCCUUGUGCCAGUGCCCCAAGUGUGCUCCAGGUCAAAAGAAGCUGGCAAAGAUUCCUGCCAGUGGGCUUGGUGUGAAUGUGACCAACCAGGAUGGCUCCUCCCCACUGCACGUCGCAGCUCUGCAUGGUCGGGCUGACCUCCUCCCCCUCCUGUUGAAGCAUGGUGCCAGUGUGGGGGCCAGAAACGCAAACCAGGCUGUUCCACUCCACCUUGCCUGCCAGAAGGGCCACUUUCAGGUGGUGAAGUAUCUAUUAGAUUCCAAUGCAAAACCUAAUAAAAAGGAUGUAAGUGGAAAUACACCCCUCAUUUAUGCCUGUUCCAGUGGCCAUCAUGAAGUUGCAGCAUUGUUGCUACAGCAUGGGGCCUCCAUUGAUGUUUCUAACAAUAAGGGCAACACAGCACUGCAUGAGGCUGUGAUAGAGAAGCAUGUCUUCGUGGUGGAGCUGCUUCUGCUUCAUGGAGCAUCAGUUCAUGUCUUGAACAAGAGGCAGUGCACACCUACAGACUGUGCUGACCAGAAUUCGAAAAUAAUGGAGUUACUUCAGGUAGUACCAAGCUGCGUUGCUGCAUUAGAUGAUGUUGAUGAAACAGACCACAAGGAGUAUGUUACUGUUAAGAUCAGGAAAAAAUGGAACUCAAAAAUGUGUGAUUUACCAGAUGAACCUUUUACAAGACAGUUUUAUUUUGUCCACUCAGCUGGUCAGUUUAAGGGAAAGACUUCAAGGGAGAUUAUGCCAAGAGGUAGAAGUGUCCCUAAUUUUACUGAAGACUCGUUGCAUCAGCCAGGGAGGCAAAGAGCCACACUGAAACAGAAUCACCUGCCAGACCAGAGCAGACUUCAGACUGCUGACAGAGGAAACAGUGAUCAGCCCAAGACGCCUACACAGAAACAAACUGCUCCUGGAAACAGGCGGAUGCUCCGCAGACACACAGUCAAUGAUGCAGUUGGAGCCAAGGGCCAAGAGAUUGCUAGCAACCUAACCACUCCCCAAGUUUAA